GACUCGCCGCCGCCGCCAGCUCCAGCGCUUCAGGGCCAGAGGACUUGGCGCCCUUUUCCCCCUUCCCCGCAGCUCGCGCGCGAGGGCGUCUCUGCCUCAUGUUCCGCCAGGCUGUGCUGGGCCACCUGUCGCCCCGAAUGCUACCUGCUCUCGUGGCUGCUGCGGUGCUCCAGAAGAAGGAGAGGAAAGAGACCGGCCUCUAUCACUGGCGGCGUGAGAAGCACCCUUAUUAUAACCUUACAGUGAAAAUCGUUCGAGCCAGAAACAUUAAAGGAACAGAUCUGUUUUCCAAGGCAGAUUGUUACGUGGAGCUUCGUCUGCCAACUGUAUCUCCAGUUACACACCGAACUCAGGUUAUUGACAACUCCAGUGACCCAGAGUGGAAUGAAACUUUCCAGUAUAGAAUUAACAGUGCUGUCAAGAAUACUCUUGAGUUGACUCUCUUUGAUGAAGAUGUUCUUGUUAGUGAUGAACUGACUUCUGUUGUGUUUGAUGUCACGGGAAUUAAGCCAGGCCGUCCUGUGAAAAACACUUUCAAACUGAAAGAGGACAAGGAGGAGCUGGAUGUAGUGUUUUUGCUAGAGAAAAGUUCAGAUCCUCCUACUGAAGUUCUCACAAAUGGAGUCCUUGUGGCUCAUCCAUGCCUUUCCCUGCAAGGAGUAAUUAACAAAGAUGAAAAACUAAAGCUGAGAGAACAUGAUACCAACCAAUUCAAGCUUUCACUUCCAGGAUCAUAUGAGAAGCAAUUAAGCUUUCAUUGCAAACCAGACUCUGAUCAGAAUUGUGGAAUUCCAUUUGUGUUUCACAUUGGCAAAGAUAUGUGUUCAGAACUGGGUGUGGAGGUGGAACAAACCAUUACAGUCCUCCAGGAUGGAGUGAGUCCUGACUUUGAAAAGCACAGCACAGUUCUUGGAUCAGGGACUGUUCCACUUCAUUCAUUUCCUUUGGGAAAGCAUGUUGAAAUGAAUGUUCCAUUAGGAAAAGAACAAAGCGUGGAUCUACAUGUGAAAGGUGAACAACUCAAAAGCAAUCUUGAUGUCCGUCUUGGUUUUGAUCUUUGUCAAGAAGAGCGGCAAUUUUUGGACAAGAGAAAGAAAAUGGUUUCUCAGGCACUAAGUAAAGCACUCAAACUGAGAGAGGACCCAAGCAAAGAUGAGGUUCCUGUGGUAGCUGUCUUAGGAUCUGGUGGAGGGAUGAGAGCACUGACAUCAUUCUAUGGCAGUCUGCUUGGACUUCAGCAGCUAAACCUUCUGGAUGCUGUCAUAUACCUCACUGGAAUUUCUGGCUCUACUUGGUGUUUGUCAACACUAUACCAGGACCCUGAAUGGUCACAUAAAGAUCUCAGAGAGGCGAUUAGCAAUGCCCAGGAUAACAUAUGCAGCAGUAAAGUGGCAGCCUUUUCCUCAGAGCGACUGAAGUAUUACUUCCAGGAACUGACUGCAAUGGAGAAUGAAGGACACAAAGCUUCUUUCACAGAUCUAUGGGGGCUUAUUAUAGAGUAUUUCCUACUGCAGAAGGAAGACCCAUCAAAGCUGUCUGACCAGCAGGAAGCUGUGAAAGAGGCACAGAAUCCUUAUCCCAUCUAUGCAGCUGUUAACGUGAGGCCCAAUGUUAGUGGAGAUGACUUUGCAGAAUGGUGCGAGUUCACACCAUAUGAGGUUGGAUUUCGCAAGUACGGUGCUUUUAUCCGAACAGAAGACUUUGACAGUGAGUUCUUCAUGGGACGGUUGAUUAAGAAACAUCCUGAGCCCAGGAUCUGCUACCUGCUGGGAAUGUGGGGCAGUGCCUUUGCAGCAAGCCUGGAUGAUGUCUUUUUGAAAGUGGUUGGUUCAGGCUUGAGCUUUCUAGAAUCUCUGGGUGAUGUUGUCAAAGUUAUCGAUGACAGUAAACGGUUCCAUUUCCGAGAUCCUAUGAGACUGAAGACUCGUCUGGUUAUACCAGGUGGACCACUGCUGCAAAUCUUCCAGGAUUUUUUCAAGUCACGUGUUACAGCUGGGGAAACCUUCAAUUUCAUGCAGGGCUUGUUCCUCCACAGGGAUUAUGUCAACCUUAAUAAAUUUGUGGCUUGGAAAGGUACCCAUUUAGAUACUUUUCCUAAUCAGCUGACUCCAAUGGAAGAGAGUCUCUACCUAGUGGAUGGUGGUUUUUCUAUCAAUUCUGCCUUUCCCUUGGUUCUUCAACCAGAACGAGAUGUUGAUGUCAUUCUGUCAUUCAAUUACUCUUGGGAAGCACCUUUUGAGGUUCUACAACUGACUCAGAAAUACUGCAGAGAACGGGAUAUACCUUUUCCAGAAAUUAUCUUAAAUGAAGAAGAUGAGGAGAGUCCUAAAGAGUGUUACAUGUUUAUUGAUGCUGUUAAUGCAAGGGCCCCCAUAGUCCUUCACUUCCCUCUGAUCAAUGACACAUUCUACAAAUACAAAGCACCAGGAAAAGAACGUGAAUCAGAAGCGGAGAUAGCCUUUGGUGAUUUUGCAGUUGAAGGAAAAGAUUCACCAUACCGAACACUAAAUUUCACCUUUGAGCCCCAUGACUUUGACAGAUUGGUAGAAUUGAAUUGCUACAAUGUGCUGAAUAAUAAGGAUGCUAUUUUGGAAGGGUUAAAGUUGGCUUUAAACAGGCGAAAGUUGAAAAAUGAUAAUAGUAGGAGGAGAUAAGUGCUUCCUUGUGUUGCUUCAUGAACAAGUUAAGUUGAAAUAAUGAGUCUACUAAAUAGCUUUUUGAGUGAAUGUAAAUUGAACUACUGAAUUCCCUGCAUAUUGCACUGAAAGCUGAGUUUGCAUACAAAAGAAGCACUUUACUCUUUCCUUAUCCAGUUCUGUCUCCAGUUCUCUGCAGCAGACACAGGCUCAAAGGACAAAGUAUGCAAUGGUACAAAACCUUUUUCCAGAAGACAAAUAGUACAAUUGUGAGCAAGUUGCUCAGAAGUCUACCAAAGACUGUUUAGUAAACCUUAACCCCAGCAGAGUGUUCUUAGGAUUGCACUGAAAGGCUGGAUGUCCCAUCAGAGAUGUCUUCUCUGUGCUUAGAGUCAUUUAAGUGGCUUCUGAAACACCAGCGGUCACAAUUUAGAGAAGCUUCUCUUGAAAGGUCCAUUAUCCAGCUUCAGUCUUCAUCUAUAGCAUGGACACUUUUUAACAUUCAGUCUUCUCUGAAAAUAUAAUGCUGACAGAUCAGCACUGUGGUGAUUCAUGUGAAUGCCAACUGGAAGCUAAACAAGGCUGUUUUCACACAGACAUUUCAUUUCUGCAGCGCUAUGGUCAGGAGCAUCCCUAUGAUACUGUUCAUCUUGUUUCCACAUUUUUCUGUGUUUUGAUGCAAUUUCCCCCAAAAUUGACGUAAUACAAACUUUAUGGAAGGAUUGCAGCCAAAGUGCCUUUGCCCGCCAUGUAGAUAGGAGGGUGCUCAUUUUUUCCAGGGUCUGCCCAUGUUGAUGCCAUUUUCUGUACCUCAAUCCCUGAGGCAGCCAUUUCCCAUUUUUGCUGGAGGGUUCCUCCUGGGAGGGCUAUUAAAAUCUUCAGUAGCUAUAGCAACUUAGAACAUUAUGGUUUACUGCAGCUAUGUAUUCAUUCACAUUUUUCAUUUUUGGUUGCAGAGUUGAUAUAAAACUACACUCUUUAUAAUUCUGCAACCAAAAGCGUAGAACAGUGGAACUCAUUGUGCAGGUUGAGGACAGGCACAUUGACAUUCGGCAUCAACCAAAAGAGCCACAUAAUUUCUAAAUGUCCUGUACACCUCCGUGCCAGACACACACUUAUAACAACAUAGUUUUACAUGCAAAUGCACUCCUCCUCCUCCCACCUUAGAGGUGGCUAAAACAAACACCCAACUACACAAAGCACUACACUGUUCCAUGGGAACACAUCCUACCAUGACAUGUCUCUGUAGAUGCCAGCCACUGUGGCCAGCUUGCUGUUU